UUGACGCGUCGGAAUCACGGGAGACUGAGGGGAAAAAACAUUAUUUUCGGUUGGAUUUCAUUCGCGGAAGUUAUCUGAUCAAACAGCUCCAUCGGGGCUAACGUAAGGUUUAAUUUUUUUUUUCGCCGGGGAUUACUUUCGGUCUCGGUGGAAAAAUUCGUCGGGAGUGUCUUCGUGGCAAUCCGGAGGUAAUAGGAAAGGAGAAAAUUCCAUUUUCCAUCGGGAAAUCCCAGGGAUGAUGCGGGAAAUGGCGACUUCUCGCUGUCCCCGCUGAUCGGGAAGUGGGUCUUUGAGGGUUGAAGACAAGCUCUUCAUUUGAUGACUCGUCCCCCGACCCCGCAAUGCUGGGAAAUUGAGGCUCUUGAUAGUGAAGUACGAACAUGAUACCCACCCCCAGUAACCCUGCAGUAUCCCCAUCCCUAUCCCUCCGCACUUGACAGGUACAAAGAUUGAUAAAACACUCGGAUGAAUCUAGACUCAAGUCCAAUUCACGUUUUUUAGUCGAUUUUUUACUUGUUCCUUUUGAGGGAGAUUUUUUGCGGGGAAUAAUCUAUCAUUUACACAUAUGUCGCAGUACGAAGGGGUUAAGAUUAUUAAUUUACCAUUGAUUGACUAUGUAUCACACUAUGCUGCCACCUCACAUGAUGGUACAGAUUGUCAGUGGUCAGCAAACGAAUGGACAGUGUCCUAAUAUUCCCUCUCCUUCAAUUCCUGCGACAAGUACUGCAACUACUCCCACUGAAAUUCCAGCUCCUUACGUGUUUGAUGGCAAUUCUCAGAGCCAUCGAUUGAUGCAGACAAGUCCUCAGUACCCCCUGGAGCUAUACCAAAUGAUGGGCGUGGAGAUUCCGCAGUUUCGUAGGCCCAGCUAUGGGACGCCAACGAGUAAUUUCACCCCCUGGCAGAGACGAAACAGCACAAACUCCAACAACACCCAAUCAAUACCCACAUCGCACCUGAACUACCGUCAGAACGGUCUCACCUCCCUGAGGAAGUCCCACUGGACGUCCAAGUCGAAGCGUCAGGCUCCCAAGGAGCGGCCCCCCGAGCCCUGCAACAGUGACAGUGGCUUCAGCUCGCGUUCCCCAACCCCGAACAAGCACACAGAUGGUAGCCAGACAGAGAGCUCAGACGAUCGUGAAUCCACGUCGUCAUCAGACCUCGAGAUCAAACGACUCCACGAGCUUCACCCAGUCGCCAUCCACAACGUCACUCUCACACCCCAGGGACUCAUCUCAAACCUGGCCCCCCAGUACUACCAACAGCAGAGGCCCCUCAACUACUACCACAGCACAAUCCCAGCAGCAAGGACAACGCAGAUUCAACAGAACUAUCAGAGCAAAAAGCGUUACCACAGUGGCAGGAGCUCCAGCUCACCUCCGGCCCAGAAGACCCAGAAUAGACGUAAAUUCUCGGAUAUCAUGGUACCCACCUUCAACUUCUACCCCAGACCCUAUAUCGCACCUGACAGGUUUCUCGCAAGGUCACACCUCAUGCAGGUGCACAAGACUCCUGAGGAUUUGGUGCGUGGCAGUGCCAGGUGGGACGAACUAUCCAGAGACAUCUGGAACAAGUUCCUGAGUAAUCAGCAAUCGGAGGCGACCUUCAGAAACAAGAUGAUGCUGUGGAAGUACCUCUACAUCUACAUCAAAUCAACUUACCCAAGGUAUGGGCUUUUUCUCGUCGGAUCCACAAUGAAUGGCUUUGGAUCUGACAGCAGUGACGUCGACAUGUGCCUCCUGGUGAGAAACACCGAGAUGAUCCAAAGGAACGAGGCCAUCUGCCACCUAGACCAGAUCAAGAACUGCCUCAAGAACUGCGAUUUUAUCAAUCAGUUGACGUUGAUCCAGGCCAAGGUACCAAUCCUCAAGUUUCACGAUGGAAUGCAGAAUCUCGAUGUGGAUUUGAAUUGCAAUAAUGCUGUGGGCAUUCGAAACACUCAUAUGCUGUACUGCUACUCGAGGAUUGACUGGCGUGUCAGGCCUCUGGUGCUUGUGGUGAAGCUCUGGGCCCAGAGCCAGGACAUCAAUGAUGCCAAGAACAUGACUAUUUCUAGCUACUCCCUAGUACUCAUGGUCAUUCAUUUUCUCCAGUGUGGAGUGCAUCCUGCUGUCCUACCCUGUCUCCAUUCCAUGUAUGGGUACAAGUUCAAUUCGUACUCGGAUAUUCAUACGAUUGAUAUACAUGAGGAUCUCAACUUUCCCACCAAGACUUUUGCACAGACGAAUCGACAGCCUCUCGGAGAACUGCUCGUUGACUUCUUCAAGUAUUACUCGAAUUUUGAUUUCAAUCAAUAUGCAAUAUCAGUGAGACUAGCGAGAAAAGUGCCAAUUGACGAUUGUCGUCAUGCAAGGUCAUGGAAGAAUGAUCCACACCAAUGGAAAUUUCUUUGCAUCGAAGAACCAUUUGACUUAACGAACACUGCCAGAUCAGUCUACGACUACGCCGUGUUCUCCCGAAUCAAGACUGUCUUCCGCAGGACCUAUCAAAGACUGAAGGAGAGCAUGAGCCUUGCCAGCAUCUUCGUGAAGCAGGCGCCACACGUUGGGCUUGACUACCCACGUCCCUAGAGUAAUUCCGAGUCUUCAACCGAGACUUUUAUUUCUGAGACAUUUAUCCUUGUCAAGGGGCGAACAGUGAGCUUGUAUAAUUUUUUUUUUGUGAUAAAUACGAGCCUCGUGAAAUUAACAUGGCUGUGCUAUGUACCAGUGAUUUCCACUGUGAUAUUUAGAGUCGAGUAUUUCGUAGGAUCAACUUUGGGAGUUAAGAGUGAUAGGAGGUAUUGCAACGAACUUAAAUAAUUAAAUUGAAUAAUCUAACAGAAAUGAAAAGAGAUACAGAUUAAAAAUAAAUAAAGAGAAGAAAACUAGUAGAUUAGAAGAUGAAAGGGAGAAAUUGCUGUGCAAUGAGAUAAAAAUAGAGGGAACAGGAAUUAAUUAUAAAUACGUAAUUUCCCUCUCGACAUGAGACGAGAUAAAAAGAUUAAAAUCGGGUGAAGUGGUGAAUCGUGAGAAGUUACGUCCGACACUCGGCAUUUUCACAUUUAUCGGGGAAACCAGUGAUUUGAGGAGGAAGUGUCCUCCCCUCAUUAUCGAAAUAAUUCAAUGCAUAAUGAGGUGUAGAAAAUUAAAUGUAUGUUGGGACGUCUUACCACUUCACCGAUGAUAUAUUUGUGCCUUGUUUGUUACUAUUUAUAUUACAAGACUUGAAUGGAUGAAAGAACCGGGGAGUGACGAGACUUUUGCUCAAUGAAUUGUAAUUUAAAACGAACGCAGGAAGCACUGGAAGAGCGAAAGUGACAGAUAACAGCGAAAAAUCGCACAUGAAAAAGAGAUUUCAUUACAUAACUGGAAUUAUUUAAAAUCGGUGCAGUUCUGACUCACGCGAUUUCAACGAAUUCAAUUAAAUUAUUCUGAGUUUCUGCAAUUGCACUUGGUGCCCCAAAGCCUCUCCCUCAUUUAUACACAAUAAAAAAAAGAUAAAAAAAGAUUGAAAAACGAAAAAAAAUAUAAAAUAAAAAUCAAACAAAAAAAAUAAAAAAUCAUAAAGAAGAAAAAAAUAUAUAAACUGUUAAUAUUUAAGUUUAUAGUAUUUAAUUUUUUUCCUGCAUACUUUACGCUCACUGGAGCGACAUGUUUCAUGUUCUUUCCUUACUCUUUUUUUAAUUUUUUUUUCUAAGAGGGAGAUGGCUGAACAUUGGCAAUUUAUUUGUGAUCGAUUUGUAUUUCUAUUAUUUUUUUUUUCAAGUGAGAAAGUUA